UCAAUUGAAGAAAAUGAAGUUUAUCUGCCUAAUGAUGAGCUCUGGAUCUAUGAAAUUGAUAGCGGCUUAUGGACGAUGCACCUGAUGGAAGGAGAGUUGCCUACCUCCAUGUCAGGAAGCUGUGGGGCAAGCAUUAAUGGGAAGCUGUACAUUUUUGGUGGAUUUGAUGAUAAAGGAUACAGUAAUCGGCUGUAUUAUGUUAAUUUGCGAACAAAAAAUGGAACCUAUAGGUGGAAAAAAAUUACAAAUUUUAAAGGUCAACCUCCUACACCACGUGACAAGCUUUCCUGCUGGGUGUAUAUGGACAGGUUAAUAUACUUCGGUGGCUAUGGCUGUCGGAAGCAUAAUGAGCUGAGUGAUUGUUUUGAUGUCCACGAUGCAUUUUGGGAAGGACAGAUAUUCUGGGGAUGGCAUAAUGAUGUUCAUGUUUUUGACACAACCACACAAACUUGGUCUCAACCAGCAAUUAGAGGUGGAGAUCCACCUCAGCCUCGAGCAGCUCAUACGUGUGCUGUGCUGGGAAAUAAAGGUUACAUCUUUGGAGGACGAGUGCUGCAAACUAGAAUGAAUGAUUUGCACUGCCUGAAUUUAGACACUUGGACUUGGUCUGGAAGUAUUAAUAUCAGCGGAGAGAAACCAAAAGAUCGAUCCUGGCACACGUUGACUCCGAUAGGAGAUGACAGACUUUUUCUUUUUGGUGGACUAAGUUCUGAUAAUGUUCCUUUAAGUGAUGGCUGGAUUCACAGCAUUACAACAAAUGGAUGGAAACAGCUCACCCAUUUGCCUAAGAGUAGGCCUAGGUUGUGGCAUACAGCCUGCCUUGGAAAAGAAGGAGAAGUGAUGGUGUUUGGUGGAAGCAAAGAUGAUUUGCACUUCAUGGACACAGGUCACUGCAGUGAUUUGUUGAUAUUUCAGACUCAACCUUAUUCACUCCUCAGGUUGUGUCUCGACUGCAUUGGUAAAUACGCAACUCUCUUAAAGAAUCAAAUACCGUGUUUGCCAUCCAAACUUUUGCAGCAAGUGCUGAAAAAAAUAACCUUCUGGGCUGCGGUUAACCACCGGCGAGAGAAGAAAGCUGAAAUGGAGAGACAAAGUCAACUAAACACCACAUGA